UAUAACAGAAUAAACAGAAUAUAACAACGAUCAUCUGUAUAUUUAUUCUACAUGGUGUUUUCAAAAUAUUAGUUUGAAGUAAUUAUUUUUCGCAAAUGCGAUUGUUGACGCUUAUAAGCAUGAUGAAUUAGAAAGAGAAGAGAAAAAUAAUUGCAGACCCGAUAUAAUUUGUAUAUAUAUAUAAAUGGUGUUCUUUUUUAUAUUAUUAAAAUUCUGAGAAAGUUGCAGAAAACAUAUUUUCAAUAUUGUUAUCAUAGAUGUAAAGUGUGUUAGUAACCUGAAGUAAAAUCUGUCAGAGACAAAUCGAAAGACUAACUAUGUCAGGAAUAUUUGAACAAAUCAAGCUGCUUUAUGAUCAAGCAUUAUACUCAAAUGUGAUCUCUCUAACAAACUUAGUGCUCUCUCUCAGCGAACAUAAUGCUGAUAUGUUACCUGGUUACACCAAGUUUCAUGUAUAUGUCUAUUAUGCGGAUGCGCACUUCUAUUUAGGCAAGUACCGCAGAGCAGAGACUCUGUAUAAGAAAGCUCUGCAGUUUCGCAAGUGCUUGCUAAAAUCUAAAGGCACGGGAAAACCUUUAUUGGAUGGACAGAAGGACCUACCAUCAGAUGUCAAUAUCAAAUACCAGAUUCAUCUAUGUCUGAUGAAAUCGAAAAACCUACAGGAAGCAUUGCAAGUUCUGCAGAGCAUCCCCGGCAAACAACGUACUGCCAAAGUGAAUAUGGCAUUGGCCAAGAUGUUUUAUGAACAGGGAAUGGAGCGAUCUGCCAUUACCACAUAUAAAGAAGUUUUAAGGGAGUGUCCGCUGGCUCUGGAAGCGGCUGAAGGCCUUUUAUCCUUAGGAGUAAAAGGUGUAGAAGUCAACUCUUUAAUUGUUAGCUCUGUCUCUAACUCACUGAAUUUGGAGUGGCUUAACACAUGGAUCAAGGCACAUGCUCAUAUUCACAAUAGAGAAUACACUCAUGCUGUAACCACAUUGAGAUCAUUAGACAAUGUUGUUUUGCUCAGGGAUAAUUUCAAUCUGUUGACUAUCAUGGGCGAAUGUUACUAUUAUGCAGGUGAUGAUAAAAAUGCUAUGUUGUGUCUGAAGCGAGCCCGAAUUAUUGAGCCUGAUAUAACAAAAGGAGUAGAUAUAUAUGCUGCAAUUCUAUACAAGAUGCACUACAUCAAAGAUUUGGAGCGAUUAAUACCGGCGAUAACUGCUAACAAUGAAUGCACUGGUGAAAUCUAUGUAGCUAUGGCGUAUUCCUUAUACGCCGCUAGGAAAUUUAGCAGGGCAAACACUCUUACUGCUCAAGCAUUAAACCUAAAUCCUAAUGACAUAGAGGCCACGAUAUUACGCGGCAACAUUUUCAUCGAGCAGAAAAAAUAUCAGGACGCGUUGUUCUUUUUCAGACAUGCAGUGCAAUUAAAACCCUAUAGAUACGAACCGCAUAAAGGCUUAGUAGACUGUCUCGUCGGGAUGCACAGACUGCGAGAGGCUUUGAAUAUCGCCAGCAGUUCUUGCAAACAACUUGGACAUACUGCAAGGGUUUUAACGUUAUACGCAUCCGUCUUAAUGAAAGAUCCUGUAUCAGUAAGUAAAGCCAAAAAUCUUCUUGAAAAGGCAUUAUCCCAAGAUGAAGUCUACUUACCCGCGGUAUAUCUGCUCGCGGAGAUAUACGAACAAGAAAUGAACCUGGAAGCAGCCAUUGAAUUGCUUGAAAGACAUUUAGAAAAUAAUUCUACCUGUAAACUUCAUCAAACUUUGGGAGACUUGUGGGCAAGAGUACACAAUGAAGAGAAAGCUCUAGAUCAUUAUGCCAUAGCUUUAAACUUGGAUCCAAGCAAUAGAAGAGCCCUAGAAGGAAUGCACAGACUAGACAAUUCUUCCAGUAAACUAGACUCUGCUUACUAUAUGACUGUCGGUGAGGAACAGGCUGAUACAACUUAUGAUGUCGGUGAUGGUCUACCAGACACAGACAAUGAUGAGGCACCUGAAGAAAGUGAGACUGAAGCCAUUUGGUCAGAUAUGGACUUGGAAGCCAACAGCCAGUAGCCAUUCUUGUUACAAUAAUGAUGAUCGUUUAUGCUGCUUGAUUAACUCUUGAUUAUAGAUAAUUUCUUAAGAAAAGAUCUUAGAAGAAUAAUUUCAAGCAUUACAUGAAAUGAGACUAAUGUGAUUGGAUAAGCUUAAUGGAAUAAAACCAAAUGUAUAAUUUCUCUUUUGUUAUUUGUAUCAAAUAAUAAGAUUUGUUUGACAUA